AGGUUCCGGGUGAGGUUGUGCCGAGACGUGCGCUUCCCACCCGUCCCCGGUGGAGUGGUUGGCGCUCCCAGGGAGGCUGGACCGGCACACUGAGCGCUGGUACCUGGGGACGGUUUCGCGCUGUGCCACGCGCUCGGGACGUGUAGUUCCACUCGGGAGGACCGGCUCGCGCGACUGACAGCUGCCGGAAGUGAGGCUGCGCGAAUGGCCGCCGCUGCCACCAUGGCGGCCGCUGCCCGGGAGCUGGUGUUGCGGGCCGGGGCCUCAGACAUGGAGGAGGAGGAGGGCCCGCUGGGGGGCGGUCCUGAUCUGCAGGAGCCGUUGCAGCUUGGAGUGUUGGACAUCACCUCCGAUGAAUUUAUCCUGGAUGAAGUGGAUGUUCACAUUCAGGCAAAUCUGGAGGAUGAGUUAGUAAAGGAAGCUCUUAAAACGGGUGUGGAUAUCCGUCACUAUUCAAAGCAGGUUGAGCUGGAGCUACAGCAGAUUGAGCAGAAGUCCAUCCGGGAUUAUAUCCAGGAGAGUGAGAACAUAGCGUCACUGCACAACCAGAUCACAGCCUGCGAUGCGGUCCUCGAGCGCAUGGAGCAGAUGUUGGGAGCUUUUCAGAGUGACCUCAGCUCCAUCAGCUCGGAGAUCCGGACACUGCAGGAACAGUCAGGAGCCAUGAACAUUCGGCUUCGAAACCGCCAGGCAGUUCGAGGGAAACUUGGGGAGCUUGUCGAUGGUCUGGUAGUGCCCACUGCUCUGGUCACGGCGAUUCUGGAGGCGCCGGUGACAGAACCCAGAUUCCUGGAACAGCUGCAGGAACUGGAUGCCAAGGCAGCUGCCGUCCGAGAGCAGGAGGCUAGAGGCACAGCGGCCUGUGCUGACGUCAGGGGUGUGCUCGACCGGCUCCGGGUCAAGGCAGUGACGAAGAUCCGAGAGUUCAUCCUUCAGAAGAUUUAUUCCUUCAGAAAACCCAUGACCAACUAUCAGAUCCCCCAGACGGCCCUGCUGAAGUACAGGUUCUUCUAUCAGUUCCUGCUGGGCAAUGAGAGGGCGACAGCCAAGGAGAUCCGGGACGAAUAUGUGGAGACGCUGAGCAAGAUCUACCUGUCGUACUACCGCUCCUACCUGGGGCGGCUCAUGAAGGUGCAGUACGAGGAAGUCGCUGAGAAGGAUGACCUCAUGGGCGUGGAAGAUACAGCAAAGAAAGGAUUCUUUUCAAAGCCAUCCCUGCGAAGCAGAAACACCAUCUUCACCCUGGGGACCCGUGGCUCUGUCAUCUCCCCGACUGAGCUGGAGGCCCCCAUCCUGGUGCCCCACACCGCCCAGCGGGGAGAACAGAGGUAUCCAUUUGAGGCCCUCUUUCGCAGCCAGCACUACGCCCUCCUAGACAAUUCCUGCCGGGAAUAUCUUUUCAUCUGUGAAUUCUUUGUUGUGUCUGGCACGGCUGCACACGACCUCUUCCAUGCUGUCAUGGGCCGCACGCUCAGCAUGACCCUGAAGCACCUGGAGUCCUAUCUCGCUGACUGCUACGAUGCCAUUGCUGUUUUUCUCUGUAUCCACAUCGUCCUCCGAUUCCGCAACAUCGCCACGAAGAGGGAUGUUCCCGCCCUGGACAGGUACUGGGAACAGGUGCUUGCCUUGCUGUGGCCACGGUUUGAGCUGAUACUGGAGAUGAAUGUCCAGAGUGUCCGAAGCACUGACCCUCAGCGCCUUGGGGGACUGGAUACUCGGCCCCACUAUAUCACACGGCGAUAUGCAGAGUUCUCCUCUGCUCUUGUCAGCAUCAACCAGACAUUCCCCAACGAGCGGACGAUGCAGCUGCUGGGGCAGCUCCAGGUAGAAGUGGAGAAUUUCGUCCUCCGAGUGGCAGCAGAGUUCUCCUCAAGGAAGGAGCAGCUUGUCUUUCUGAUCAACAACUACGACAUGAUGCUGGGCGUGCUGAUGGAGCGGGCUGCGGAUGACAGCAAAGAGGUCGAGGGUUUCCAGCAGCUGCUCAAUGCUCGGACACAGGAAUUCAUUGAAGAGUUGCUCUCUCCUCCUUUUGGGGGUCUGGUGGCAUUUGUGAAGGAGGCUGAGGCUCUGAUUGAGCGUGGACAGGCUGAACGACUUCGAGGGGAAGAAGCCCGUGUUACUCAGCUGAUCCGUGGCUUUGGUAGUUCCUGGAAAUCAUCGGUGGAGUCUCUGAGUCAGGAUGUAAUGCGGAGUUUCACCAACUUCAGAAAUGGAACUAGUAUCAUCCAGGGAGCAUUGACCCAGCUAAUCCAGCUCUAUCAUCGCUUCCACCGGGUGUUGUCCCAGCCCCAGCUCCGAGCUCUCCCUGCCCGGGCUGAGCUCAUCAACAUUCACCACCUUAUGGUGGAGCUCAAGAAGCACAAGCCCAACUUCUGAUGUGCUGGAUCCUGGGAUUCACCAGCCCUCUCCGCGGACUCUACAGCCCACCCAUACCUCUCUUCACCUCGUGCCCUGUCCAGUUCCUCCUUGCCUCCCAGUCUGUGACAUGCCUCACCCUGCCUUCAUCCCCAGGGCCCUGCCUCAUCAGGGUAAGCUGCAUUCCCUUGGCUUUCUGACUCUCCCAGCGUCUUUAGGUUUCCCAGGACCACCUUUCCCUGGGCUUCCAAAACAGCCGUUAUCAUUCUCCCAACGUUGUCACAACCCCUCUCCCCCUGAAAAACACACCAGAAACCCAAGGCUCUUUUCUCUUCCUCUAGUAAAACCUUCACUUGCCUCCAUUUCUGGUUCAUUCAGCUCCUGUCACCAUGUCCUGAGGUGUGAAACCUCACCUCUUGGAGUUGAUGGCAAGGGGAGACUGCCUCCAAGUCAGUGGGGUUUUUUUUUUCAUGCAAAGUGACUUCUGUAGCUUUUUGGCCUAAGAUCCUAGCAACUUGAACACUAACCAGUCCCCCUCCUGACCUGAGAAGUACUUCAAGGUCAGUCUGCAGGGAACAAUAAAUAUUUAAUAUGACAUAA